UAUGUAACAUAUUUCAUCACAAAACUACAGCAGAAAGAGCUUGCCUCUUCGGUCUUCAAUGUCCACCUCCGUCGAAGACCCUUGAAGACCCAUUGACAGCCUGAGAGUAGAACCUGCAACUCCAAAAUUACGCAACGGUUAACGAACCUUUGGUGCUUAAGAAAGUUUAGAUUUCAUGGACGAGGUUGCAGAGGCUGUUGAGAAGGUGAAGAAGGAGUGGGACGAGACAAUUGCCCGAGCCUGGGAACAUGUAAACUCAAUUGAAGGAUAUGGUAAAAAAGGAACGGGGGCUGAUGAAGGAAAUUCUCUUCCAAGGUUGAAUGGUCUUUCACAGGAUGCGCUAGCUUUACUUCGCUCAAUGCAGUUUAGGCUUGACCUUCUUGCCCAGCAACUUCCCACAGAAGAAGAAGUACAAUCUGCUCAAUCAACAUUGGAAUCUUGGAAGGAUCAGUACCGAAGUCUGCAUUUGGGCCUUAGGAAUGCCAAUUUGCAAGCGAAGGCUAACAUGAGGAAAGCUGCUCAGGCUGAGAGGGAGCUUCUUUUAGGUGGUGGAGAAGAGUCUACAAUUCGCAGACGCAAUUUACAGACAAAGACUGGGAUGACAUCGGCUGCAGAAAGCAUUACAGAGAGCCUUCGCCGUACUCGUCAACUGAUGGUUCAGGAGGUGGAAAGAAGUUCAAGUACACUAGUGACAUUUGGUGGGUUCUAUAGUUGCAGAUGCAUGUAAUUUGUCUUCAAUAAUUAAAUGGUGCAUUUAUCCUACUUGUUCCAUUUUUUGCCAU